ACUUAUUCUACUGAUGAGCCCAUGAAUGACGUAAUCAAGAUCUACCUAUAGAGGGGUUUGAAUCUACCCCUCAACCAACUAAUUCCUCUUACCAGUGGGUUUCCUUGAACGAGAAGUGCGUGUCAUUGUCACCUACCCUCUUUGUUUUCAUUGUCAAACAUAAGAAACGCAGCAGGAAACCUAGAGUCAUCCAGAGUGCUUGUGAAUCCAAAAAGUUUGCUGCGUCUGUUUUGCUCAUCAACAUACUACAAGAAAUGCAAAUGCCAAUGAUGAAUACAUACUUCAUUUCCCAUGGAUCACCCACUUUAGCCAUAGAAGACCUUCCUGCAAGGCAUUUUCUGCUGAAUUGGGACAAAGUUUUACAACAGAAGCCUAAAGCUAUAUUGGUCAUCUCUGGUCAUUGGGAUACUUCAGUUCCCACUGUCAAUACUGUGAGCAGAAAUAGCACAAUUUAUGAUUUCUAUGGCUUCCCUCAAGAAAUGUAUGAGCUUCAAUACAAUGCACCUGGAGCUCCUGAUCUGGCAAAAAGAGUCAAAGAGUUGCUGAUUAAUUCAGGAUUCAAGACUGUUAAAGAGGAUGCGAAGAGAGGGCUAGAUCAUGGCGCCUGGGUACCCCUUUCUUUAAUGUACCCCAAUGCCGAUAUACCUGUUUGUCAGCUUUCUGUCCAGUCAAAACAAAGUGGUGAGCACCACUACAAGAUGGGGCAGGCCUUGGCACCAUUGAAAUCAGAGGGUGUCUUGAUUAUGGGGUCUGGCAGUGCCACUCACAACCUCAGAGCUUUGGCUUUUAAUGGUAAGGGGCCGGCUUCCUGGGCUCAAGCAUUUGACAACUGGCUCACCGAAUCUCUAGUCAAUGGCAGGCACGAUGAAGUUAAUCAUUUUGAAGAGAAAGCACCUUGUGCAAGAAUGGCCCAUCCAUACCCAGACCACUUCUUUCCAUUGCAUGUUGCCCUUGGAGCAGCUGGUGAGCGGGCUAAAGCUGAACUUAUCCACAAUAGCUGGAGCCAUGGCACACUUUCCUAUUCAUCAUAUGCUUUCUCUACCGUACAGUAACCGAUGUUGCAAUGUCGAUGCCAAAUAACGCUCGUUCUCUUAAUUAGUGUCCAGUCUGAUAAUAUUGUAUUUGAACUCAAACUAGUUGAAUAUAAUGGGUUUUAUGAGCUUCUGCACUUUA